GCUUGACAAGCAGUCACCUGACCAGCCUUCCUCCAUAGGAGCAGGCAGCAGCUGUAGCACGAUCUGUCGCCUCCUCCUCCUCCCCUGGUGAGUGACAUCACUGAUUCGGGGGACAUGUGUAGCCACAGGAGGAUGGCGGAGGCAACAGACGCGUGUCCCAGCGGUGACAAUGCAGGGGAGCAGAGCGCCGACGACAUAAGGGAGAAGAUCAAGAACCUCCUUAAGAAAUAUGAUGUCGGCAGCCGAUACGCCGGCAUUCCUUUUCCAAGAGCUUCGAUCCUGCUCCCGCUGUUAAUUAGACAAGGGAAGCCGUAUCUCCUGCUGACGGUCAGAUCACUGGAGCUGAAGACAAUGCCAGGAGAUGUGUGCUUUCCGGGUGGAAGACAGGAUCCUUCAGAUGAAGAUGAUAUACAGACGGCUCUUCGAGAAACCCAAGAAGAGAUCGGCCUCUGCCCUGAACAGGUGCAAAUUAUUGGCAGGCUAACACCUCAUAUGGCCAAGUCUCCCAACUGCUUGGUCUACCCAGUUGUCGGCAUUGUCGACGACACAUUCCAGCCAACACCGAACCCCAGUGAAGUGGCGGACAUCUUCCUUGUCCCUUUGGAGUUCUUCAUCAGCUCAGAACACUAUACCACUCGAGAAGUAAAUGUACCGCCUUUAGGAUUAGUGGUUGUCCAUCAGUUCACCUACAUGGACCCAGACACCGAAAAAACGUUUACUAUAUGGGGACUAACUGCCUACUUCGCCUUAAUGCUCUCAAUCAUCGUUUUGGAGAAGAGGCCCUCCUUCGAGCCAGAGCUUGAUCUGGAAGGUGGCUUAAAUGGGAGGAUACGUUUCCUGAUCAAUCCGAGCAAAUUGUAAAGGCAAGCCUGAUAAUUCACUGUCAGAAAAUCAGAAGUUCUAAUAUAAACUAGAUCUCACAAUAUGAAGGAUGGUUUACAGUGGAACUGGAAAUGUUGGUGUCCGUAAAGGACAGAUUAUUCUAAGUUUUACCAGUUUGAAGGUGAUGCAUCGGCACUGAACCCAUUAAAGUGAGAAAAGUAUCUAAUAAAGCUAAGCAAGUGGACUCUGUUGUAUCACAUGAAAUUGUGGCUAGUGCAGGUAGAGGAUGGGAGUGGUAGUGGUCCUGAUGAAGUGUGUCUCACGGUGUACUCCCUCAGGGCAUUGCUCGCUGGGAAUCGGUACAGUAGCAUUAUAGUACUGAAGAAUGAGGCCAGGGUUGAAUGUAACAAGGUCCUUUUUACCAACUGCAAUGCAGAACUUAAAAUACAUAUGGUAACAGCAGGUUUUAGACCAAUUCUUCUCUGGCACCAGCAAAGAUAUGGAGGCAGGUUGGUUGGUGGUAAUUCAGCACUUAGGUGAUACUGGCCGAGAGGUUGUUUGGUGACGGGUGGCUUGUCUGUAGUCCCUCACUUUACAGCAGUGCCUGUAUAUGCAGAUGUAGCAGGCCACUCUGCUGUCUGGAAUCUCAAGGCUUUACUUGGGGACAAUUUGGAAUGGUUUUGGAAGAGGUUAGGUGACAAGAGCAGGAGCUCAGCAAUGCACUUCCUCUCCUCUUUGUAGCCACACAGGAAUUCCCCUUGCCUCCACCAACCAAGAGGGGAGAAGCAUGGUGGUUAACCCUGUUCCUGCCAGAUAUACCUUGCUGGUAGUGACAGCCAGAAACCAACAGUAAAAUAUAUAACCUAACAAUAUACCAUUUGUAGUACUCCCAGGUCUGGGGUACUACAAUAGAAAUAUGUCUGUCGUGUUUAAAUAUCAGGUCUUCCUCGUGAGAGUCCAGGGAGGCCCACCUCCAGGCAUAGGCAUUUUUGCACAUUAAUCAGCAUUUUGAGGGGUCGUUAUGGGGGGUGCACCCACUGCCUUUGCUUUCCUCAUUCAUUUCAAUGACUAAAGGAGUUUUUAA